ACGAUUCCAAAAUUUCGUUCUAUUCGCAUCUCAAAGUUUUUCAUUCCAGACAGACGAUGAUCAUAUCUGAUCUCUGUUGAGUUCAUUGAUAACAAAAACACUAGCAACAAACACUUAAUUUUCAAUUUCAUCGAUUUGAUUUGAUUUGUUUCGUCGUGAAUUCUGUAAGAUCUGCAUAAUCAUGUCCUACGCAUACCUUUUCAAGUACAUCAUCAUCGGUGAUACCGGAGUUGGAAAAUCAUGCCUUCUUCUGCAGUUCACAGACAAGCGUUUUCAGCCGGUUCAUGAUUUAACCAUUGGUGUUGAAUUUGGUGCCAGAAUGAUCACCAUCGACAACAAACCAAUAAAGCUGCAGAUAUGGGACACGGCGGGCCAGGAGUCGUUUAGAUCUAUAACAAGGUCUUACUACAGAGGUGCUGCUGGUGCACUUCUGGUUUAUGACAUCACCAGGAGGGAAACUUUUAAUCACCUUGCAAGCUGGUUGGAGGAUGCUAGGCAGCAUGCAAAUGCAAAUAUGACCGUAAUGCUCAUCGGUAACAAGUGUGAUCUUGCACACAGAAGAGCUGUUAGCACUGAAGAAGGAGAACAGUUUGCUAAGGAAAACGGUCUAGUUUUCAUGGAAGCUUCUGCAAAAACCGCACAGAAUGUCGAGGAGGCAUUUAUAAACACAGCUGGAACAAUCUAUAAAAAGAUUCAAGAUGGAGUUUUUGACGUAUCAAACGAGUCUUAUGGGAUUAAAGUCGGUUACGGUGGCAAUUCUGGGCCAUCGGGAGGACGAGAUGGCGCUCCUGCUCAAGGAGGAGCCUGUUGCAGUUAAAUCGAGACUACCUGGUUUAUUAUUUGAUACAUUCUUGACCAUGCUAUUGCUACCUUUCUUGUGUUGGUUCAACGUACACGAAUAGCUCUCAUCGGUUCUUACUUAAUCGAGCAUGUAAAUUGGUGUCAGUUUGAAACCACAUGAAUUAGUAUAUAUUCUUGAAUUUGGGGUUUUAUGUAUGUUCCUUCUUAUGAAUAUGUUGUUUCUUUACACUAUUGUUAUCGCGCAUUUGGUUCAGUUCAA